UCUCUGACGGGGGAGGAGGAGGAGAGACGCGAAGGAGGUGGUGGCGGACAGGCGACAUUGCUGCAGAACAGGCCGUGGGAGCAGGAGUACGAGAGUCGACAGGACAUUCAUUACACCGUCAACAUCAACGAAACCGGCUUUGAGGGCGGUUACCUCUGUGUGGCCUCAGUUGCGGGCAUGGAGGCAGCUCGGUGGAGUUAUAUGCACCUGCGUGUCCUCGACUGCGGUACCGGUAAGACCCGGAAGACUUUCGUACACAAAUAG